GUUGGUUAUAGGAACAGGGCACCAUGACGCUGAAUGUCAACGUUGAAUUUUGUAAUGUGCCCAACCUAAGAUUCCUACCGAUUGCAGAUACUUAUCUGUGGUGGCCUGGCAUGGCCUAAUGGUUAGGGUACUCAAAUCGUAAUCUGUAGCUCGCGACUUUGAAUACUGUUACCGAACCUGCUAGCUCUUUCAGCCGUAUAUGCGUUGUAAUGUAACGCUUAAUCGCACUCUUUGUUGUAAAAAGUGGGCUAAAAGUUGACGGUAGGUGGUAUUAACUAGCUGCUUUCACUCUAGUCUAUUAUUUCAAAAUUAAAGACGGAUAGAGCAGAUAAAGUGGGCUAAAAGUUGAUGCAUGACCUACUAUAUGAACGAAGUCCAUCCUGACUACACGGUAGCAUCAGUUCUUUUGCAGCACUCCAAUACUGAUGAACUGAAACGACUGCUAAAUGAGGACCUGGAAGUGGAUAGAAUGAUUAACAAUUUAGAGCAGGUGAAGAAUAUCAAGGCAGAGAGGGAAAUUCUGCUGGCCAGUAACAAAAGCCUUUCUGAGUUCAACUUGGGUCGAGAGCCUUCACUGCUUGAGACCCGGCGAAAGUUGGCAAAGAUGUAUUCAGAUGCUAUGGAGUUAAAAAAGGAAAUGCAAGAAAAUAAACAAAAACUUGAUGAAAAUGGACAGCAGGUUUCACUAGACACAAUUCUAUCCAUGCUUCAGACUUCGGCUGCCCAAUCAGAAGAGGAGACUGAAGAAAUGGCAGACAGACUGUUGAAUGGAGAUAUACCCAUUGAAGAUUUCAUUGAAAAAUACCUGGAGAAACGAAAAGUUGCACAUUUGCGUAGAGUAAAAGCAGAGAAAAUGGCUGAGCUUCUUGCACAAAAGAGAAACCUGAGCAAUAGCAUGCUUCCUUCUAGUCAAUAUCAAUCACCACUCUCAAUCAGUAUGCCUAACAGAUCUCCACCUGUUCAAACAUUUUAUCCAGGUCCAUCUAUGACACAGCCAUAUUAUGGCUCAGUGGCUCCUAUCCCACUUUCAUACCAAGCUCCUCCUACAGUGAGGAUGCCUAUGCCAUUAUACAGAUAGUCCUGGAAUUUGUCAAGAAUAUGUGUAAAAUUAAGUUUUCUCACUGUUAAAAUAUCUAGGAAUAUUUUGUUUUAAUUUUGGUCUUUUUUUUUUGCAUGCAAUAGCAAUUUUGAAUUUAUAAACAAUUUCAUCCAGGGUUUUAUUUAUUUAUUUCAAAAUUUAGAGAGAUAUUUUUCUUCUACAUAUGUAAUAUAAUGAACUUUCUUCCCUCAAAAAUGUACAUAAAUUGUAUGAAAGGUACAAGUUAAGAAUCUAAAAGAUGUACAUAGAUGUGGAAAAUAAAAUGUUAAACAGCCCUUACUCACAUUUAAAAUAUUACAAACUACAAACGUAUAAUGUUGAAUUGUUGCACAAUAAAAUUAGUUUUAUUGAAAAUGGGGCACAGACUUAAAACAACUACUUGUUUUGGUAGUGCUCUAUGCCUAAUAAUCUUUUUUAGGGCAGUGCCCUGAUUUUAAAAAAGCUAAUUUUAUUUUGCAAUUCAGUUUUGUGUGCUCAUAUUAAUGUUUUAUUUAGGAAACUAUUUGAGGCCUUAGAUUGAUAGUGACUUGUUGGAUUGAUCAGAAAAAUACACAAUGCUCUUAUUUUACAGAAAAAUUAAAGUGUAUUGAUGAAUCAGUUAGUCUUUCAAAAGGUGUAAAUAAAAUAUAGUACAAUUCAGAAAUA